AUGUUUUUAUUACUGACUGAAGAGAAGCUACUGACUUUAGAAAAAAUCUUAAAGAAUUACUUGCCAGCUGCAAUAAAGACUUACGGGACUAUUCUAAGCAUUAAUAGAGUCAAAAUACCUGAUCUGGAAGUUAUUGUUGACUCUUGGCCUGAUUUCAAUGCUGUAAUUUGUCGGCCAUGUGAAAAGGAAGAAACAUCCAAGGAAACUGAAUUUACUCUUACAGUAUUUUCCAGAGAUCAGAGCAGUUUGCAUAAACUGCUUAUGGAUGACAAUAUUGUAAACUGGAAAACCCGUUUCAUGUUUGGAGGGAUUGACAGGAAGUUCCUUGAACUAAUGAAGGCUGUUGUAGCUUGCAAAAAGUCUACAAUAAGCUUCACAUCCAGGUCCUACACAAUGGUACUACAAGAUCCAAAGGACCUCCUUGAUAUCACCUCAGAACAGGCUUAUGUUGCUUCCAGAAUAAGUCCUCUAGACAUGUCACAUGCAGAGAUAGUAAACAGAAAUUGGAAGUUUGGAACGGAUGAUAACGGUCUCAAAUUUGUGAAAAAUAUUAUAGCAAAUUUCCCCAGCUACUGCAUUCUAGAUGAAACUGAUAAUCCUGUUUCCUGGCUGCUGACCUAUCCGUAUGGCGCAAUGGGAUUACUGUACACUCUACCAGAGCAUCGCAGGAAGGGCUAUGCCAAGUUACUAGUGACCAAAAUGGUGAAAUUUCUGCAAAACCUUGGAUAUCCUAUAUAUUGUUUUGUAGAAGAUGAAAAUAGCAGGUCGUACCAAUUAUUUCAGAAGCUUGGUUUUAAUGAAGCCCCUGAAAUUCAUGCUAUAAGGGCAUGGUGCCAGCCUUCAUAA